GUGUGACUUGACUCCUGUCGAUGGUUCGGAGGAGUGCUCGGAACUUGACCAAGAGACCCAAGUCGACUCCUGAAAGUCGCUCGUUCGUUUCGGACGGACGUUCGGAAGCAACAAAAUCGGCCGCCGGAAGACUUCAGUCAUCCGUUUCGGUGCCAUUUGCUCGGGAUGUUCCGCUUGUGUUCGGCGGCGGCGGCGGCGGGGGUUCGGCUGCCGAGGCUCCAGGCUGGCGGAGCAGCUCACCACUUGCCGCGGAGUCCACUCGGAACUCACGGCCGCAACGAGCCCAGGGAGCCGCUGAACUCGCCCAAGCGGGCCAAAGAGUUUAUCUACCGCUUGCAAGCCCGCGAGAGGGCCUGUUUGCUCAAGGAGCUCCAGAACUUCGAGUCCAUCGCCAUCGCCCAAGAGACUGUGGAACCCUCGCCACCCAGCGCAGCUCAGAUCAGAUAUGUUUUAUUCCACAACACCCUUCCUUUCAUCGGCUUUGGUUUCCUGGACAACGCCAUCAUGAUCUCAGCUGGAACGCAGAUUGAGCUUUCCAUCGGAGUCACGCUGGGAAUUUCCACCAUGGCCGCCGCCGCCCUGGGGAACCUGAUUUCCGACUUGGCGGGUCUGGGCUUGGCAGGUUACGUGGAGGCGCUGGCGUCCAAACUGGGCAUGCAGGUCCCGGACCUGACGCCCAAGCAGGCCGACAUGUGGCAGACCCGGCUCAGCUCGCACACGGGGAAAGCCAUCGGCGUCUUCAUCGGCUGCGUUUUGGGGAUGUUCCCGCUCUUGUUCAUCAGCGAUGACGACGACAAGAAGGCCAAGGCGGACAAAGCGGAGAAGGCGGCGCCACCCUAAUGCAAAAACGGACAACGAAGAUCGCACGGGAAGUCGCAUUCUCACUGACUUCCCGUCCAACACUAGCAGCCAACCUGCUGGCUAACCGCUACCUCCCAGUGCAUGCGUUCAAUGCAUGCACUGUACUGCACAAAUCAUUUAUUAUUAUUAUUUUUUUUUUAAGGGUGCACAUGCUUGCUUAGAAUGUCUUAACUGUUAAAUAUGGGGACCAAAUUACAGAGCACCAAACAUAAGUGGAAAAAAUAUAUAUACGGUAGAUCUUAUGUUUGCACAAAAAUACUGGCUUUUGUGGCUGCAAAUGAGGUGUAACGUUAAGAAGAAGUAGUUUUGGUUUUCUUCUCGUUCUGGAAGUAAACAUCCACUUGGUGGUUAAUAGGCGGGUGCUAAAAAGGUUUUAUUUGGGGAGUGUUCACUACUUUUGACAGCGGUAACCCUGCAGAAAUUUUGCACCACAGUGAACUGGAGUGCUCAGUGACUCCUUUUUGUCUUCAUCUUUUUGCACACUCAAAAUGACACAAAUGUUUCACAAAAUGGUCUUGUUGGGAUUAUUUACAUUGAUUCAUUUAUUCUGGAACGUUCUCUGGGAUGCAAUGGAAGUGAAACUAAUUGACACUAACGCAUUAUUUUGCAUGGGAAAAAAAAAAAUUCUGACAGAAAUAUUCCAGCAAUAUUUUGUAGAUUCUGUUGAGGAACGCUUCUUGAUAAGUUCUUUCAAAAUUAGCCAGGAUGAACUUUCCGGAGAGUCCAAAUGAGAUGUGUCCUUUUUAUUACACACGCAACACAGAUGUUUUUGUACCACUGUGUCAUGAAUAUGUUUUAAUAAAAGAGAAAUA